GUAACACUCAAAUCUCUAGUUCCCGCCUAAGUACUCCCUCAUUAUCCUGGUAAUUGUUAAUAUGGUUGCCAUUGGCUGGGUCAUAGAUAUCCGAAGAUCGAUUAGGGUUUUAAACACUCAGUGGUUAAGAUAUCAAGAGCAACUCCUUGCACGUCUACCAUAAACGUAUUCUGAUUCAUUAUCCAACUCCAAGUUGUCAUGUCUUAUGAGCCACUUCCAAUUUUAAAAUCAGAGUAUUUUUCCAUUGAGUAGCAGUAACCGUAGGUCUAGUAACACUCAAAUCUCUAGUCUCCACCUAAGUACUCUCUCUAUACACUUAAAUUGUUAAUUUGUUUGCCAUAGACAUCCAAUGAUUCCAAAAAUUCAGUGGUUCAGAGAUCAGACCUUGUACGUCUAUUGUAAAGGUCUUUUGAUCUUUGCAUACCGUAAACGUAUUCUGAUACAUUAUCCCACUCCCAGUUGUUCAGUCUUAUCAGUCCGUUCAAAUCAGGGUAUGUUUCCGUUAAGUAGCGGUAAUCGUAGUUCUAGUAACACUUAAAUCUCUAUUUACGCCUAAGUACUCUCUCUUUAAGGCCCUACAAUUUUGUAUGGAAAACUAUGACAUUGAUAUAUAUGUGGAUUUAAAAUGGAGGGCGUGGCGCCUCCUUCGAAUUAAUUGCGUAAAAUUUGUUUAUCUGACAAACUAUUAGGGCUAGAAUCUUCAAAUAUUGCAAGUACAACUUUGACAUUCAUGUGAAUAUUGGUGUGAUAAUCUUCAUAUUACUUUACAAAAGAAUAUUUUAGCAAAAAAUUUAUUUCCCUAAACAAGCAGAUAAUUUAAAUAAAAUAAUUUAAGUAAAAUGUUAAAAAGCACAAGUUAUUGUUAUAAAUUUAAAAAUUUAAUAUUAGAAAAACGUAUUAAUGCACGUACUAAACCUCGAAUUUUAAACCGAUUCUAUUCAACGCCAACGCCCUUUAAACUCGAUCAACAAGAUAUAAAACCAACUUUUAACCAGGAAUGGCAAGAAGCAAAAUCUUACAAAGAUAUACCCACAAUUAAUAAAUUUACAUUAAUUAAAAAUUUCCUACCAGGAGGCAAAUACUCUAAACUAGAUUCUUAUCAAUUUAUUUUGAGUCUUAAACAGGAUUUGGGUAGUAAUAUUUAUAAAUUACCCGGCCUGUUUGGUCAACCGGAUGUAAUAUUUACACACAAUGUUCAAGACUUUGAGAGUGUCUUUCGCAAUGAAGGUACUUGGCCCAAAAGACCGGCAUUAAUAACUUUAAACUAUCAUCGUCGUGUUCAUAAGGCAGAUUUUUUUCAAGGAGUUUUAGGACUUUUGGCAACAUCUGUUAUAAAUCCGGUAUUAAUGCAACCCAAAACUAUAAAGUUAUAUUUAAGUGAAAUGUCGCAAGUUAAUAAGGAGUUUGUAGAAAGAAUUCGUCAAAUACGUGAUCCUAAUACUCUAGAAAUGCCCGCUAGAGCGACUACCGAAUCUGUUUCGGUAGUCGCUCUAGACAAACAAUUGGGUUUGAUUACCAAAAAUCGCAACAAUCCAAUGGCUACGAAAAUGUUUGCCACUCUUAAUGAAUUCAUAGCACUUUCAUUGGAUGUAGAAUUGAAACCUUCAAUAUGGAGAUAUUACAAAACGAAAACCUUUAAAAAACUUAUGAAUUCUUUGGACACGCUAUUGGAUAUAACCACUACCUAUAUAAAUGAGGCCAUUGAACGUUUGGAACGGGAACGUUUAAGUGGUGCAAAAGAAAAAGCUGAACAUGAGAAGAGUGUGUUGGAAAAACUUCUUAAAAUUGAUAAGAAAAUCGCAACAGUUAUGGCCAUGGAUAUGUUAAUGGCGGGCGUAGAUACGAGUUCUUCCACAUUCGCUGGCCUUUUAUUAUGCUUGGCCAAAAAUCCUGAAAAACAAGCCAAAUUACGCGAAGAAGUUAGGCAAAUUUUACCCCACAAAGACUCCGAAUUUACGGAAGAAGCCUGUAAGAAUAUGCCCUAUUUAAGAGCCUGCAUUAAGGAAUCUCUACGUGUUUAUCCCUUAACCGUGGGCAAUGCCCGUUCACCUGCCAAUGAUGUGGUCUUAAGUGGCUAUAGAAUUCCAAAAAAUACUCGAGUUUCUAUGGUCUCAAUAGCUUUAUUACGUGAUGAAAAUCAUUUUCCUCGAGCUAAUGAAUAUCUACCAGAACGUUGGUUGAGAAUGCAAAAGGAGACUAAUACAAAUCAAAUGACAACAUCUGCGCAUCCACUACGACCCAGCUGUCCAUUUGUUUAUUUGCCUUUCGGUUUUGGUCCACGCACUUGUAUUGGUCGUCGUAUUGUCGAGAUGGAACUAGAGUUGGGUAUUGCUCGUAUUGUGCGCAACUUUCAAAUAGAAUUUAAUCAUCCCACGGAUAAUGCAUUUAAAAGUGUGCUGAUGAAUGUGCCCAAUAUACCGUUGAAAUUUAAAUUUACCGAUAUUGAUGUAUAAGAAAUGUAUUAAAUAUUAAUUUAAUUGAUUAUGUGAUGUUAGAAAAUCUAUUUAAGCAGUAGUUAAUGUUAUUAAUAAAUUAUGUAGAAGAAUUAAAAA